AUGACGAGACUCCCCGUCGCCCUGGCGCCCACGCGCGCCUCGUGCCUCCUUUCCACGACAACCACCAUCACCACCACACAAGCCAGCAGCACGGCACCGUCCUCGCUGCGCGCGCACGCCCGCCACGCUACUUUCAUCGCCCGACCGCGCCGGCCCUACAAGUUCACGCAGAUGGUGCGCCUGUCGGACGGGUCGACGUACACGAUGCGGACCACCUCGCCGGAGCCACUGUACCGGCCGGCCAAGGACACGCGCAACGCGCUGCUGUGGCAGCCGAGCGACAAGUCGCUGCGCAACGUGGAGCUUGACGAGGCCGGACGCUUGGCCGCCUUCCGCGAGCGCUUCGGCCGCGGGUUCGAUGCCGCCGCCACCGCGGAGGAGGGUUUGGCGGAGACGUCGGCGCCUGCCUCGGCCACGGCGGGGGCGUCGGGUACGGGGGACGCCUUUGCGGAUUUGCUGGCGGGAUAUGCGCCUAAGGAUACGGGCUCGAUGCAGGAGAGCGGCUCGAAGAAGGGACCGCCUGGACCGUCCGGGAAGCGCAAGUAA